UGACACAUUCAGAACACACUGUGGGCUUUAAACAUCGACAGACAUCGUUCUGACGGAGCUGGGCAGACACUCUGUGUGUGUUGCGCGGUGCGCUAGGCCUACAUUGCGCACCGCGCGUCACAUAGGCAUUUCAACCCCACCCCUUCUCUCAUCUCUAAUGCCAGACCCCUCUAUCUAUUUUCAGUAAUGCUGUUCAUUGUCAGAUAACCAACCGAAUGAACAGCAAAGAACACGCUCCAGCAAAGAAGAGAACGGGCGUUAAAGGCCGUUGAACGUUUUAUCAUCGUAUCCACGGAAAGCUGCACAUGAAAUGAACAUUGAAAUUAAUCUAGUGGUUUGUGCUUUGGUGAUCCUUAUCAGCUCAUCGCAGACAAAGGGUCAGAGCACUGCUUUGCCCCCUGUCUUCAUCCCAGUUGCCCUCCAGCGUGAGGGCGUGUCUACUGCAUCACCAGCCCUCCCAAUGGUCAAUGAAGAUCGGGAUCCGGGGCCAGUGCCAGGUCCUGCCAAUCAGACCUCACCAGACCAAGGGGAUGGAGCCCCAACCAAACCAGCUGUUACCAAUGGCGACAAGCUGCGCCAAUCAGAUUCUGUUACAGACGCUGGUGACAGGGAUGACAUGGCUGUGACCAAUCAGAUGACCAUGUCUCCACCUGCACACACAGUCAACACUGUUACCGCCACCCAAGCAAAUGCCACUCUCGCAGACGUUCCAGACAGCUCCUCCUCCUCAUCCCCUGUGAAGAGCACCUCCCCUGCAGGACUGCCCUCCACCAUAGGGGACACUACUAGCCACCCCUCCAACCUAGGGGACACUACUAGCCACCCCUCAACCCUAGGGGGCACUACCCACCCUGGCUCCGCUGGAGGACACCUCACCACCUCUACUCCUCCCGCCUUAGAUACCACCCCACUUCCAUCCCAUGUUUUAAUACCGAUCCAGUCCUCUGUCCAACCCAGCACCCCCACCCUGAUCCCUUCCCCAACCCAACCCCUCACCAUGGAGCGCCCCCAGACCUCUGCCCCAGUCCACGUCCCUGUCAGCCCGCCUCAACAGGAGGUUCCAUCGGAGCUCAACGUUGGAGAUGAGGACAAAGGUCCACACCUCCACUCUCCUCUGGACCCUCUGCUGGCUGGCCUGGUCUCUGUCUUCAUCGUCACCACAGCCGUAGUCUCUGUCGUCCUCUUCCUCAAGUUCCGCCAACGGACCGACCACCCGGACUUCCACCGGCUGCAGGAUCUACCCAUGGACGACUUGAUGGAAGACACGCCGCUUUCAAGAUACACUUACACUUACUGAUGAUGGAAACCUCUCAUCAACAACAGUCAACUUUACUUCUAGCACAGCUACACAGCAGACACCCAAUGGGCCGCCAUUUUGGAUCCUGGCAAAGCUUUUGACUGGACUUGAGGCCCUCGGCCAGCGCCCAUGUUGGCUCCCUAUGAUUCCCCCUUCUGAGCAGUUUCCAAUUUGAUUGUGUUCUGUUAACAAUGAGAGGGCUUUCAAUACCCAAUGAGGGGUUUCGAAAUUAGGCCAACAUCAGAGGUUUCAACAUUAGGCCAACAUCAUCAUUAUUCCCUUUGAAGCUCUUGGAUGUCUCAUCUGCACGGGGGUCUGUUUUGUUCUUCAGAGAUGAGUUCCCUUUGUAAUGUACCCGCUCCUCCUGAUACAGGUCAUGCACAGCACAGGCUGCACUUUAAUGUGUUAUAGAAACAGUCACAGUGCUCUCACUGUCUCCAAAGUCCCUAAAUGAGUUGGUACUGUAUGAAGAAGACACAAUGUCACGUUGGAUGUUGUUGCCAAGGUCCAGGAUAGAGAGAAAAUGGAAAGGGAGUGAAAGAUCCUUACUGUAGAGGUACUUGAUUUAAAUGUUUACCAGUGUCCAAUAAUCCAUGUUAUAGAGCUAUUCUAAUCCCUGAACUGACCAAAUAUGAGUGAAGUGCUCUUUCAAACCAGAAUGCCUAGUGGGUUGUUUUAACAAGGGCUUAGGCAACUUGAAAAACAUCCAUCCUUGGUCUUACUUGAUAGCCAGUAAACAUUCUGUAAAUGUAACCCAAAACAGUCUGAUAAUCAGUCAACCAACGAAUGCAGAGAAGCUAAUUUGUUUGGGGGUGUGAUAGAAAGGCAGGGGUGGCUGGUCUAUUUUUUGCCUAGUGGGCCUGUCUAACUUUUUUUCCACAAAAUGAUGAUGAUCUGGCUAAUAAUGGGGGCCUCAAGGUAAAAAAUGAGCCAGUGUGGGGGCCUCCAAGGAAAAAAAUGGGCCAGUGUGUUAGAAAUGUCAGGGGCGAUUUCUGGUCCCAGUCCGCUCCUGCAGAAAGGGGGUCACCUCCAAUAAGGGUGACUUGAUUCAAAGCCAUAUAGAUACAGAUCCAAUUCAAAGACUACUUUGAGGUGAAAGGUUCAGUUCACCAAUGGUGAUUACACGGUGGUGCUUCAUGUGGAAGUGAUCAGCUAAUAAACAUUUGUCGUGUAUGACACGAACAACAGACACUACACUUUGUUAAACACAAAUGGUGCAAAGUAUAGUAUUAUCUAAAUGUAAAUGCAAAAUGUAUGCUUAGUAUUUCUUUACAAUCCAUAGGAAAUUAUGUAAUGGAUAUUUAUUAACUAUUUACUUGAUAUUUAUGAGCAUCUCAGAAAAUGAUCCUUUAAGUUCAUUGGAAAUAAUAAAAUGCAGAAACGGCAGAGUAUGUAUUAGAACUAUGAGGUUUUAAGUUACAUUUAGAUUGAAAAUUACCUGAAAAAAAUUACUGCAACAAAUCAUAUUUACAGUGUUUAAGUGUUUUACUUGCGAUUGACCUGUAAGUGCCAAAAGUUAUGUAGGAUGAUGACAUACAGAUGCAGGGUUAACUGUAAAAAAUGAAUGUUAUAAGGACUUUUUAAAUAAUAAAACUGAACCCCUUUUUGC